AUGCCUUCACGAUCCUUCUCCCCCGUUCCAUCGGUUCCGACGCCAGACCCCAAAACCAAAGCAAAACCUCUCUCUCAAUUCUCCCGUCUUUCUCAAGUCGUCAGACUCUACACACCAGAUCCAUCUAUAAAACCAGAUCCAACUCAUCCAACCACUAUCCUCCUCUGCUCAUGGAAUAACGCCGCCCCAAAACACAUAGAAUACUACACGCGAACCUACACCAAGCUCUAUCCCUCCGCACGCAUCAUAGUCUCAACCAUGAACACCAAGCAAUUCCUCUUCACCUCCGAAUCCACACGCCGCGCUCAAGUCCGCACCGUCAUCACCGCUCUCCUCUCCGAGCCCCAAAUGUCUCUCAUGGUCCACGCCUUGAGUAACGGAGGUGCCAAGCGUCUCUAUGCAAUCAGUGCUUCCUACGCAGCCGCAACCGGAAAACCACUACCUUUGCGCGUAUAUGUCCUAGAUUCCGCCCCGGGAAUUCCGCAAUUCAAAAGAGACAUCCAUGCGUUGAAUUAUCCUGUUAGGGGUUGGAAUUGGUGGGUUAGGUGGCCGUUUCAAACGGUGGUGGUGCUUGUUAGUUGUGUGGUUUAUGUGGUUGUAAAUUGGCUACCGAGAUGGUUCUGGUACGAACUCGUCUGGGGUCCUCACGACGGUGCGCAUAACACAGCGUAUCUAAAUAAGAAUUGUGUCAAGGCCUUUGUGUAUAGUAAGGAGGAUGAGGCGAUUGAUUGGCGGAAUGUCGAGGCUCAUGCUAAGGAGACGGAGGAAAGAGGAUUUAGGGUUGAGAGGAAGUUGAUUGAGGGUGCAGCGCAUGUUCAGUUGUUCAAGGGGCGCGGCGGGGAGCUUGAUUAUUGGGGCUUCAUUCAGAAGGUGUGGGAUAUGGGGAGGGAGGUUGAGGUUGUGGAGUAA